AUGGCAGCCAAGGUUACAGUAGGAUACAAAUUUAUACCAACGGACAAAGAACUUAUUUUUCAUUAUCUGAGAGAAAAGGCCAAAGGACAACCAUUACCGGUAGAGGGUUUAGUGAAUGAAUGCAAUCUCUAUGACGAUCAAGAACUGUCGAAGAUAUUCAGCAAAAUAAGAACCAAAUCGAAGUUGUACUAUUAUUUCACGGAGUUGAAGAAGAAGAAUGGGAAAGGAAAAAGGAUUGAUCACAUGGUAGGGAUGGGUACGUGGAAGGGACUUGACAGAGGCAAGCCUAUUCAAGACAAUGAAGGAAGGCUUACUGGACGCAAGCGAAGUUUCGAUUAUAUCAACAGAGAAUCAAGUGAACACAGUGUGUGGGACAUGAAGGAGUAUAGUCUUGACGGUGUUUCUCUGGAAGAUGAUCAACUGAUCAAAGUGAGUUCUUUCUCUCUAGUUCUAUGUUUCUGA